UCGGAAGUUAGGGUUGCUAGGAGGCUCGGGCGCGUGGGCUAGUCGGCGUCAUGGCUGAAGUCCCGGAGGACUACAAUUCCGACCCCGAGGAAAAUGAAGACCUGGGGUCCGAGAGACCGCAACUGCCUGGGCUUCUUAAAAGAACCGAAAAUGCGGAACCAGACGUCAGGGCAGAGGCAGACCCGGAGCCACGUGAAGAGAUGGACCAAGAGCCACAGCCAGGGACGGAGGAGGAGAACUUCAAAGACCUGGCGCCUGAGAGUACUAAGACUACAGACCCACACCAAAACCCAACCCUGACGCCCGAGGAAGAGAUGCCCAAGGAGUCAGAGACGGAUCGCUCUAGCGAGACUGAGACUGGGAUCCCCGAAGAGGUAAUGCUGGAGACAUCCCGAGGGAUGGUAGAGGAGUUUUUCAAGGAUUUGGUGGACCGUAUGGAUGAAAAGCAGGAGGAGCCAGACCCAGAGCCACCGGAGGAGGCCACGCCAGAUGUUACAGAGGAUGUAUUCAUAGAGUCAGCAAAGGAAAUAGAUCUAGAGCUACCAAAGGAAACUGAGUCUGAGGUUCCAUGGGCCACAGUCAGUGAGACAGGGUUAGAGUUAGUAGAGGAAACCAAACCAGGGGUUACAGAGGAAAUACAGACAGAACAAAAUGAAGAGUCAAGUCUGGAACCUCCAGAGGAGACCCAACCUGAAUUUCCAAGUGAGAAACCAAGAAAAUCGAUUGAAGAGGCAGUUCUGCAGCCACAAAAGGCGACCACAUCAGAGUUUCCAGAGCAGACACAAACAGAGUCACCUGAGGAGGAAAGGACAGAGCCAUCUGAGCAGACCAUACUAGAGUUUACAGAAGAGAAAGCAAGAAAGUCGACUCAGGAGGCAGGUCUAGAGUCUCCAGAAGAUACUAAGUCAGGGGUUUCAGAGGAGACAGGAAGAAAACCAACUGAGGAAGAAGGGACUGAGCAGAUUGAACAGGAGUUUCCAGACCAGAUACCUAGUGACUAUACUGAGGAGACGCGAACAAAGUCAACUGAAGGAAAAGUGCCCGAGCUACCAGAAGAGAUCAAAUCAGAGUUUCCUGAGGAAAACUCAGAAAAACCAAUUGAAGAAAUGGGUCUAGAGUUAUUAGGAGAGAUCAAAUCAGAAAUUCAAGAGGAGAUACAAAGAAAGUCAACUGUGGAGAAAGUUCUAGAACCACGAGAAGAUACUGAACCAACAGUUCAAAAAGAUACGCAGAGAGAAUCAGCUAAGGAGACAGGACUAGCACCACUACAGGAGUCCAAAUCAGAGGACACACUAAGACAGUCAACUGAAGAGAAAGAUCUGGAACCACCAGAACAGACUGUACCAGAGUUUGCAGAGGAAGAACCAAAGACACAGAGUAAAUCAACUGAGGACACAGGUCAGGUGCUACCACAGAAGACCAAACCAGAAGUUCAAGAGAAGACACCAACACAGCCAACUGAGGAUAAAGAUUUAGGGUUACCAGAUAAAGCCAAAUCACUACAUAGACAAGAGACAUAUAAAGAAUUUGCCAAGGAAGAUAGGUCAAAACCCAUCAAAUUUAAGUAUUUCUUAGAGAAAGAUGAGCUAGAGGAUUCUGACAAUGAAGAAACAUCAUUAGUAAAAGAAACUAAAAGAGUUAUGAAAGACUCUAUGUUAGAGUCUCUAGAGGUAAGAGACAUAAUCUCAGUAAAUACAGAUUAUACGUUUUCAAAAGAAUCCCCGGAACUGUAUGAGCUUACUGAUACCAGUAAUGACUUACAUCCCUCAGAGUCUCAGAGGGAUUUAAGAGAGUCCCUAGAGUUGAAGAAACUGGUACAUGAAGAUCAAGGAACCCAGUCAAAAGAAAGGAUUGAGCUACAAUUUGAGUGUCUUAAAUGGAGCCCAGAAAAAGUUGCAGAGUGGAUUAGCGAGUUAGGCUUCCCUCAAUACAAGGAGUGUUUUACCACAAACUUCAUCAGUGGCCGAAAACUCAUCCAUGUAAACUGCUCAAACCUCCCUCAGAUGGGGAUAACAGAUUUUGAGGACAUGAAGGUCAUUUCUCGGCACACGCGGGAGCUCCUGGGAAUCCAAGAACCUUUGUUUAAUCGCUCCAUCAGUCUUCCCUACAGGGACAAUAUCGGCUUAUUUUUAGAGCGGAAAGGGCACACUGGGGCAAAAUCUGAUUCCUUGACGUUAUCAGAAUUUGUGCAAACAGCAGGACUACAAGAGUAUGAGCCGAGAUAACUGCCCCUCACUUGAAUGCGGCAUUAUAUUCUGAGCCAUAAGGAAAGGCCACUUCACUUAGACUGCAAGACCAAGCUAACUUCCUUGGGGGAAGAAGUGUGGUCUUACCGGGUUUUCUUUUUCUCCUCUUCCUUAGGAGUUGGAGGUAGAACUCUGGGCUCUAUUCCUGGUUCUACAGCCAACUCCCAGUACCUUCCCUUUAUUUGUAUUUUCGUUUAGACUCACGUUAAAACAAAGAUAGCAAUAUUUCUCUUCCUGGGUACCUGUAAGAAUUCCCUGGUAAAAUCUAGUAAUGCAUCUGGUAGCAGGAACAUGUUGGGUCCCCUGCCGCCCCGACAGUCCUCUCCACAAAUGCAGAAAAGGAAACAGCUUUAUCAGUGAAUCCACACUCGGUCAGACUGUGACGCCCGUCACAGGGGAGCUGCAUCCCAGACGGCCCGGAUGAGGCGACCCCACCCUCUCGCACAGCUGGGAGACGCAGCCCCACACACGAGGUUUACUGUCGCAGUCCAGGGCGGAGACUUCUCUGUCUCUGCCCCAGAUGGGAAGUGGCUCCUCGGGGCCAGGCGCUCAGGCUGGGCUCCCAUGGACUCGGGGAGACCC